GUACCUCUCUGACCAAUGGAGGCCUGAACCUGCACAGCACUGUGAAAAGGAAACUGGAUGGGGAGAAAGAUUACGUAUUUGAUAAGAGGCUAAGGUACAGCGUGCGUCAAAAUGAAAGUAACUGUCGAUUCAGGGACAUUGUGGUCCGGAAGGAAGAUGGUUUCACGCACAUUCUGCUGUCUAGCCAGACAUCAGAUAACAAUGCACUGACCCCAGAGAUCAUGAAGGAAGUUCGGAGAGCCUUGUGCAAUGCAUCAGCUGAUGACAGUAAACUCUUACUUCUCAGCGCAGUGGGAAGUGUAUUCUGUAGUGGCCUAGAUUACUCAUAUUUAAUUGGCAGGUUAUCCAAUGACAGAAGAAAGGAAAGUACUAGGAUUGCAGAAGCUAUAAGGGAUUUUGUAAAAGCUUUUAUACAGUUUAAGAAGCCAAUUGUGGUUGCUAUCAACGGCCCUGCUCUUGGGUUGGGAGCUUCUAUUUUACCACUAUGUGAUAUCGUUUGGGCAAGUGAGAAGGCUUGGUUUCAGACACCAUAUGCAACAAUCCGACUCACGCCUGCUGGCUGCUCCUCAUACACAUUCCCACAAAUCCUGGGUGUUGCACUGGCAAAUGAAAUGUUGUUCUGUGGGAGAAAGCUAACAGCACAGGAAGCCUGCAGCAGAGGACUCGUGUCGCAAGUAUUUUGGCCAACAACCUUCAGUCAAGAAGUGAUGCUGCGAGUAAAGGAAAUGGCAUCUUGCAGUGCUGUGGUAUUAGAAGAGUCUAAAUGCCUGGUGCGGAGCUUCCUGAAAUCUGGACUCGAAGAUGUGAAUGAGAAAGAGUGUCAGAUGUUAAAACAGCUGUGGAGUUCUUCCAAAGGACUGGAUUCGUUAUUCAGCUACUUGCAAGACAAAAUCUAUGAAGUCUGAGGUCCUGGUAUAACUUCAGAGAGAAAAUGCUUCAAGCGUAAAACAGAGCUGAAAAAUUACCUGUGUAUGAAAAGCAAAAGCAAGGCAUCCUUGAGAGGAAUUUGUGACAAGUGUAUCUUAAUACUUCUGGUUGUGUCGAUUUCCUUGUGAGUUUAAUUGAGAAGUUACACAGCUGCUUCUGGCUGGUUUGGUUUGGUUUGGUGUGACAAAGAUGGAGGCAGACUUGCUCAGCGCACAUAAACUCUACUGAGCGCUGCAUCCUUCACAUGCUCAUCCAGUUAGGAGGGUACAUUCCAUGUGCGGAAAAGCACGAUUCUGGCCCAGUAAGGCAUACCAUCUGUAAUGAUUAUUUUUUUCUGUCCUUUUUAACUUAUUCUUGCUAUUGCAACACAUAUCUGUACUGACACUGAGGGCUCAGUCUAAACAUUGGGUCAAAAUAACAUGUUAGAGACCCAAACGUGAUACUUUAGAAAUAUUUUAAUUAUUUUUUUAAAGUUCUAACAAUGUAAUGAGGAAAACCUGAUAAUUUAUAUGUAUAAUAUGUAAAGUUAGUUUUGCAAAAACUACUAGGAGUUUGUUCAGUUUUUUUCCUUCAUUGGACUUAUUUAACUUAUUUAUUUUGGGUUCGUAUUCAACUGUUUGUUGAGCACAUUGAUAUUAUUUCCGUACUUCCCUUGACUGGAUUAAUGGUAUCACAUGAAAGUGCAAGCUGUCCAGUAUAUUUUUAGCAGCGAGCUGUGUAGACAAUAAAGAACAGAAAGCAAACACACAAGAUGUUGUGGGCACUAGACAUGACGGCCAUGUACGUUCCUGUUCGUGUGAAACUGUACAAAGAUGUAUGAAGUAGAAUCAUAGGUUGUUAGAGUUAAAAAAACAGAAAAGUCAGUGGAAGCUGAAAUUGCAAGUCCCAUACACGUCUCUCUUCACUUCCUGCCUUCUCGAGGAGCAUUGAAGGGCUUGCCAGCAGAAUGCUUUAUUUACGUUUACUAUUUUCCUGUUAGCUGGACUUUAGUAACAGGGUGUGUGGUGCCGUUAACAUGGCAUCAUAUUGUUCUUCAGGUUUAAACAUCCUCUCUUGGUCUGAAGUGUAGAAACAAACCCUUAUGAGCCUUAGACUAGUUGUCCGAUUCCUCAGGUGUGGGAAAUUAUCACUGCUCCGGAUGCCUCUGGGUGGGGGCCAGGAGUUCUUAAAAAGGUGCUAGGCCUUGAAUGGAAUAGAAGAGAGGUUUUGUUUUGCUUUUCCAGCGGUCCACAUCUGGCCACCUUCCCACCCGGUUACAAGAACCUAUGGCUGUCGAGAGAAGCAGUCCACAAUAAGCGACAAAAAAACCAACAAAAGCAAGAUAUAUUGCGUUUGUGAUUCUGAUUUUGUUUCAGUGACGUUGACUGACUCCCGAACACUGGAUCUAUCUAAUUUCCUUGUUGCUAGUAGGCAGAGAGUGAGGAAUUAACAUAAGCGUGUUCUCUCAAGUGAACUGCCAUAUUCGUAUGCCCAAAUCUAAACCUCUUGAAGCAGAAACUUUGCACGUUUGUUCCUUUUGUGAUUUGUGCACUUGCUCUCCGUUCCCAAACGCGCUGUAUGGAUUAUGGCUUGGAACUCCAUGACAAGGAAGUUGUUAGAAGUCCCCCGCUCUCCCCAUAAUCUUCAACAAUGCAGAGUCUCAACAAAGCCUUUGUCAAAUUGGCAAGAUGUUGAGUACAGGAAAUUGUAGGCUUCAGCAAACUUCAUCCAUAGUUUCCCUUUGCAUAGUCAAAUGGAAAGUACUUUUCACCCUUGAGUUAUGUUUAUGUUCCAAGGGCCCAGCUGUACCAUUGAUUUUAAGCACGGGUCCACACUGAAGUCAGAACACACCAUUGAAGGUCCACUUAAAAAAUGGACAGAAUCUAAUCCCUAAUCCAUAUUUCUUUUAAAUACUUUCAAAAGCAAUAGUCGGCAUGAAUAAAGAGUGAAUUUUGCCUUCCAAAAUUUACUCCUAAGAGUAACUUUUUCAGUAAAAUAUCAAAUGGAUGAUAUAGCACUUGUUAUGAGGUUAAAAGUUACUUACUCCUACAGGCCUCCAGCAAAGCCCCGAAACGGGUUUAAAAUUAAAUUUAGGCAUAUGGCCUGUGCUGGCACCCUACUACUUUAGUAUGCAUAUGAAUCCCUUACUUGAGUAACCCCACUGAUUUCAGUGGGGCUACGCAUGGGAGCCAAGUUACUUACAUGCAGAAGUAUUUGCACAAUCAGGCUUGCAGUGAUUUUAGAAGUCAGGAAAACCUAGUGGAAAAGUACCAGGAUACCCCAACUUCCUUCCCCCCCCGCCCCCAACCUUUCUUCCAUCCAGAGAGAUACACCAAGUCCUGCAUUCAUAAAAUAUUAGGAAGUCAAUUUCAAUACUAUGUUUUUUUUGUGCUGAUAUCUCUAGAAAAAUUGUUCUCAGCAACAUGAAGGUAUGUUUUACCAUAUAAGAUUUUAGAACAAAGAAGAAUUUCAAGUCUCUUGACCUUUAAAAUGCAUCAUAUCAACUAAAUUUUCAAAUAUCUGCAUCUAAGCAUUUUCUUUGACAAAACAAUGGCUGAAAUGUGUUUUCUAUUAUUAUUUUUUCCAUUAAAGCAAGUGCUAACAGUAUUUAGUAUUUUAAUUAUUCAUAUCUAUACAGUCACAAUCUACUUUCCAUGGCAUCUUUAUUUUUUUCCUGUCAGAAAAAAAAAGAUUAACAACAAACUUUAAAGGCUUCCUUUUUGAGGAUUUAAGGCUCAGAAUUGAUUCUCUCUUGUGUUUCUGUCUUUAUUUGGUAUUCAGAUACAUAGAUGUACUGUACAUAUUUGUCUGGGUACCUUUACUAAUAUCCACAGUAUUUAAGACUAUAAAUGCAAUUUGUUGUUAAGUAUGUUAUUUUAUUCUUGUGUAAAUUGUUUUGUACAAUCUUUAAAAAAAUCUAGAGUUUUGCAUUUGUAGAUAUUAAAGGUUAGCAAUUUAUUUUGUGUCGUCUUGCAUGUAUAUUUUUUGCUGUAGAUAAGUGUUGCUUAGUUUACUACUUCAGUACAUUUCUGUUUAAAUGAAUACGCUUACAAACUUUAAUACAGUAUAUAUUUUCAGAAUAUAAACUUUUAUAUUUCUGUGGUAGGUUAGGGUAUGCGUUUUAGGCAAUCUUUUUCACUACUAUUAAUUGUUCUUUUAAUCUAUGACAUACUGGUUUUGUGCCAAUAGUUUUUCAUUAGAAUAAAAUGCUCUUUUAAUGCUAGGGAUAUACAGGCAGGUUUGGUUGGAUUUUUUUGUUUUGUCUUUUUACUUUUUCAUUUUUGCCAGCCUUUACAGCUUAAAGUGUAAUUUGUAAAUGUAUUGCAUUUGUGAAUAAGCCUUACCAUUAGGUACAAGAGAUCUUGUAAGCUACAUACUUGCAUAUGUAGUAAAGGACUUCCCCAAGUAAUUGCUGGAAGACAGUUAGCAAAAUCAGAGUACAGGGCCUUAAGUUUUUCUUGUGAAAAGGAGAAUACGGGUUGUUUCUUUUGAACAACAUAGUUAGACUUGUCACUUUGGGCUUUGUUCUAUAGAAACUGUGCAUUUUGUGCUCCCAACCACAGUGGUUAAUCUCAGGCUUUUCGUGGCUGGGUCUAUAAAAGUCAAAUCUGGCUAAAGCCAGCACUCUUUAGGAGACACUAAAGAAGUUUACAUAAGAGACUUAUAGACAAUCUUAAUCAUAGUACAUUUAAGUACUCAGUAUCCUGGAUGUGUUAUCUGUGUCUACCCAAUUAACCAUAUGUUUUAAGCCAUAUUAAAUCUCUUUCCUGCUACUUUAAAUACUACACUGAAAGUCAUUCACUAACGUACCUACAUGUUGACAGGAUUUCAAUUUCUAGUGAAUAAAAAUAUUAUGCCUUCCAUAAAAACAAAAGGACCAAAGAACUACAUUAUUCUAACAGAGCAUUAGUUAUUUAGCAAGUGAACUAGUUUGACAUUUAUAGUGAAGAUCAAAUGGUCUUUCCCUGCUACAAAUACUUCAUUCUCUUUCCUUUUUAAGUGUAAGGGGAAAAAAUGUAUCCACUAAGCUACUGGAAAAUGAGUGAUGGUCAGCUACGAUGGCAUGUCUAUUGGUAAGGCUUAUUACCAAACCUCUGAGAUGAAGCAAAGAACCAAAAAAAUCCCAAAAUUUGUCUAUGUACAUUUAUUUGACUUCAGACUUGCACAAGAAAUUGAACUUAGAACUCUUCAAAUUAGGCCCUUAAGUUAUUUUGUCCAAACGUCAUGGAACUGUCUAAAACACUUUCUAAUAUUUGUAAUGAUGAAUACAUAAUAUACUAUUAUAAGGGUACAAGGCACCCCUUUAUCACAGUGUUGUAAAUAUUUUCUGAAACUGGUACAGUACUGAGGGACUUGUAUCUUCUGAUAUAUCAAAUAUUGACUGUCUAGAUCAAAUUGUACACAAUAUAUUUGUUGAUGGUCCUGUAACUAGUGUAUGGACACAUUUCUGGGUGCCUUAGAAGUUGUAUUUUUCAUGUGUGUUAAUAUGCAGUAUUUAUACAUUGUGAGAAGCUGCUUUGAAUAAAAACA